AUGAGUACAAGCGCUGUCAAAACUACAGAACACAUUUAUAAAACUUUUAGAGGACGUAGAAAAAAUAGACGUGGAAGAACUUAUCGUCCAAUACGUUUAGUACGUCAAAUACCAAUAACAAAUCUAAAAUUUCCUAAUCCAACUCCUAGUGAUUAUAAUUUUAUUGUUGAUCCAUUAUUUGUUGAAGAAGAAGACUAUUUACAAUAUCAAUAUGAUAAUAUUAAUAUGCAAAGUAUUAAAAAUGACUUUUUCGAUGAUAAUGAUACAUAUGGACGUAAAAAAUUACAUAGAUCUGGAUCACUUCCAUCUCUAAAUAUUUUUAAUGAAAUGAUUGAGAUGUAUGAAUUAAAAAAUGAACCUGGAUAUGUUGAUUCUAGAGAAGAAAGUCCAUUAUACCAUUUUCCAUCUAAUGAAGAUCCAAUAUUAUUAUCAAAAAUGGAUAGAAAAAAGGUUAAACGUUCUCAUUCAUUGGUUGACUUAAGGUACUAUUUUAUUAUGUCACCUGAAACAAUUGAAACUGUUGCUUUGUUACGUAAAUUUGAAAGUGCCUGUAAACUGGAGAGAGUAUUAUAUAAUCUUAAUUUUUGUAACUUUAGACAAAUAAUUAUUAAAGCGCAAGAAUUAGGAUAUCUUACCCCAAAUAUUAUAAAACAUCUAACAAAUAAUAAUAUUUAUGAAAUAUUAAAUAAGCAAGAAGUUGUUGCAAAUAAGAUAAGCAAAUUUAAUUGGAGUUUAUACUAUGAAUUACAUAAAAAAAAAGACCAAUUUUUAAAUAAUAUUAAUAGGAAACCAUCGCAUAAAGAUAGAUUUAAGAGACAUAACUCUGAAAGUCAUUCUGACACUGAUGAUAAUGAAGACGAUUAUUAUAGUAGUGAAGAAGAAAUUGAAGAAUUUACUGAUGAUGACAUUUAUGAUGAAGAAAUUGACAAUGUGAUAGAGAAAGUAGUAAAAAAUAAAAAUGAAAAUGAUAAGGAAAAAAUGGUUAUUUUGAAAAACGAAAAUACCGGUAAUGAGAAAAUAUACGAAAAUGAUUUGAUUAGUAAUGAUGAGAAAAGUGUAAAUGCUAAAGAAGGGAAAAUUGAUGAAACAAUUAAUAUUAAUAACAAUAACAAUAAAAUAGAUAAAAUUGUUGAUAACCACAAUGUUGUUAAUGAAAAUAAUUAUAGUAAUAUAAAUGAUAGUUAUAACAUCAUAAAUUCUAAUACAAAUAUAUUAACAAAUAAAGUACAGAAUGAUAAACCGGUAUUUCUUGAUGAUGGUAAUGAUGAUUAUCAAAAAACGGAAGUAUUAAAUGCUAUUGUAGAAAUAAACAACUCAAAUAAUAAUGAAAAAAUUGUUAAUGGUAAAAUCGUUGAUAAAGAGAACAAUUCAUUAAAAAUAAAUCAAAAGGUCACAAAUAGGACAAAAGAAAAAUCUAAGAAUGUUCAUAUAAUUAAUAAUUUUGAAGAAGCAAUUGAUAUAAUUAAAAAAUCAGAUAAGAUUGUUGUAUUAAAUGGUUAUCAAACAAUUUCAAAUUCAAAUGUACCACAUUGGAAGAGACAUUUUUGA